AUGGGCCACCAUUCAAUCGCUGCCGAGGAGAAGGACCUGACAAAUGCUCACUGGACGACAGAUUGGUCCGCACGCAGCUUGACACCUGAAGAGAAAGAUGAUUUUGAGAAUUUGAUCGCCGAUCUAUAUGAUUGGGUAGUUCUCUCGGUUGACUCAUGCUACGACGCCGUCCGUGAGAACUCUGCAACGCAUCCACCUAGUGUAGACCGUGUCCAGCUGUACUACAGCGCAGUAUUAAGGUAUAUGCUUGUUGAGCUCGUCAUGCUCUGUGAGGACGACGAAAAAACCACGGUUGAUGAGAAGAUGAAGAAGAUCUUGGAUCUCGUGCAAUACAUGGUACACAAGGCACGGGUUAUAGAUAUUGAGCAUUUGGAUCGGGAGGUAGAAGGCGUCUUCUUGGAUCGAGAAGCUUACCCCAGUCUGAAACAGGAAGACUUGGGAAGCCCAGAAGUUCAGCAGGACGUGCUGAUGACUGCGAAUCUCCACGAUUUUGCAGUACGACUGUAUAACAAGAAACUUCUCACGACCCUCGUGCCCGCAAGUACGGCUAUCGAGGCUUACUUCGGACCAACCCCCGUCAGAAAUAGUGACACAUUUCUUGCCGCAACUCGAUGGCUUACAUGCGCGCACGAUAAGAUCUACCACUACGAUGAUCAAUACAAGGCGCUCUGGUCUAGUUGGUAUUCGGUUAUACAACAAGAGAGCACUAGGUAUAGGAGUCAGAAUGGGAAAGAAGCGCUGCGGCUUGGAAUCUCGGGUAGAACCGCUCAGAAGGUGAUGGAGACUAUGGACUCAAGUCUUCUGGCCCAUGAUUGA